UGUUGUAUUAAUCAAGAAUUCAUUAAUAAGGAUGAAAAGUAGGCCUUGAAUUUAAUUAUAAUAAAUGAAGAUCAUGAUGAUGUCAAAAAUAAGGGCGAUCAUGGGAGAGAGGAUUAAAAAUGAUCACGGCUGUCAAUAUAAUGAAAAACCAGUGUUAUGUUUGAUGCCGAAACAGUUGAGUCAUUAAUUCUACUUCCUGCCAAUAUUAGCGCUAUUGUCUAUUUCUAAUGCGUAGUCGGUAACAGAAGAAGUAACAUAAAAAAAUUCUGAAAUCUCUACUGAAUUGUGGACAAAUUCACAUUUCUUCUUAAGUUUACGCUAAAUCCUUUCUAUAAAUUUAUAUCUAACAUAAAGUUUUACAAUAUCAAUAUAUUCGAGAAUUGAGAACCUGUCAAAAUUAUCAACCGACAUGUUUAGAUCCUAUGAUUGAUAUAAUAACACUUCAUAAUUAAUUUUCUUACGAAAAUGAAUACAUCUUUGGAAUAUGCAAACCUCAACAAUAAUAAAGCUAUUAAAUAUACAGAGUCAUGGAACAAAGCAAAAACAAGGCAUAAUCAAGAAUAAAAUGGAUUCAUCUAUCUCAUUCUUUUGCAAGUAAUGAAUAAAAGUAGUUCUGCAUUUUUUAACACAGACAUUUUUAAAGAAUCUACAAAAAUGACUAGCCAAUUGAAUAUUACAAUACGACCUGAGGGUCGUUUGGAUGCAAAGUGGUUAAAAACCGAUUUACAGCGUUUUCUUUGUCGUGAUGGAUUAGCUGAUCUUUGGAAUGAAAUGAUUAGAGAUGGAGAAAUUAUAGGACCUUUUAGUGAUGGUUUAAUUAAUCGUGCAGGAGUUCUGGCUAAAAAGGGAGAAAGUGGACAUUACUAUUGUGGAAUGAAAGUAUUGUCCUGUCUUUGUUGUGAUGGUAUUUGUGGCCCUCAACAUGGAUGUAAUUGUGGUCCAUGUCAAAAGAUUGAUAGCGAAGAAGCAGCAAGAACUACAUUACUUAUGGAGAAUACCAUGCCUGCCCAACAACUAAUAGAUUCAUGGAUAUGGGGCCUACAACCAUCAUUGACUGAUUUAACAGAAUGCAUAGAAUUAUUAAUUAAGGAACAAAGAAGAUUAUGUCAUGAAGUUGCAAAUAGUACUUUAUCUGCAAUAAGAUUAAGACAACGAUUAGUAGUAGCACGAAGAUACUUUACUGCUUUAUCCCGAGACAAACCACAAGGAACUAAAGAAGUUCUUACGACUGUAAAAAUUACUACAAAAUCACAAAAAAAUUUACAACCCAAUGAAAAAGCAACACUAGGCUUAGCAAGAGUUGGUACACGUGCAGCUCUCAAUUUUUCUUUUGCAUAUCUAAGACGUGCUUGGAGAUCUGGAGAAGAUGUGGAAUUUUGCAGUGAAUUACUUUCUGAAUCUCUUGAGGCUUUACAAUGUUUGCCAGAAGCUACUCUUUUUGAUGAGAGUAAUGUUUCUCAAAUUUGGUUGGAAGUUGUAGAGAGAUCAACCAAAUUUUUGAAACAAGUUGUUGUGGGAAACGUGAUUGGUGAAAGAUCUUGGCAUCCAAUUCCAAUUGCUGAUCAACACACAGCUUUAUGUUUGCUACUUGAAUUAGUCAUCCAAAGAGCUACACUUUCAAACUUGCUGGAUGCAGUAGUCCUUUUAUUGCAACUAAGUGGAAAAAAUAAAAAUCAGGAUAAUAGAGUAAUGCCACCAGGAAGUUCAGCUCCUCUUAUUCCUAUCUUACGCAGAUUGAAUAUGAUUCCGUCAUCAUCACAAUUUUGGGAAUUUGAUGAAAAUCUUUCAACUAAUCCCUGUGAGGUAUUAUUGAGAUAUUUGAGACUACCAGAUGAUGAUUCAGUAUUUGUGGAUUUAAGAAAAGCUGCAGUAAUUAUAAUGUGUAAUUUAAGCAGAUUAGCUGCCCCCCUUUUACCACAUAUUACUGAUAUAUUUUCAAAAAAUGAUAGACGAAUUUUUCAAGAAGCAAUAGCUUGGGGAAGCACUACAUUUGGUGGAAGUUCUCCAUUUUAUUCUGAUACUGUUGCAGAACUAGGCAUUAAACAACUGUGCUAUACUGAAGAAGCAUUAUUAAUAUUAUCAUUGAGUGGUAAUGUUUACAUGAUGGAUUGUAGAACAGAAUCACAAUAUCCAGAAAAAAUAUAUGGUUUUUCUGAUAAAUCAAUAAUAAUGAUAGCUGCUCAUCCUGAUGGUAAGCAUUACUUGGCUUUAGCACAAGACAACACAGUAUAUUCCUGGGGAGAUGGUGAUGAUGGAAAACUAGGCCAUGGUGAUGAGAUAGCAUAUGAUGAACCAAAAGGAAUAGAAGCUUUGUUUGAGAAAAAUAUAACGUUCAUCACAUGUGGAAGUACAUAUUCUGCUGCAAUAAGUUCCAAUGGUGAAUUAUAUACAUGGGGUAGGGGAGUAUCUGGAAAACUUGGUCAUGGUAACACUGAUAAUGUCCUAAUACCCACUUUGGUAACUACUUUAAAUGGACAUACAGUGGUACAUGUAGCUUGUGGCAGUGGUGAUUCUCAAACAUUAUGCGUUACUGCCUCUGGUAUAGUGUUUUCUUGGGGUGAUGGAAGUUAUGGAAAACUUGGUAGAGGUGGCUCAGAUGGAUCAAAGACACCCAAAAUCGUGGAUAAAUUGUUAGACAUUAAUGUUAUAAAAGUAUAUUGUGGUAAUCAGUUUUCUGCUGCUUUAACUAUUCAAGGAGAAGUAUAUACAUGGGGCAGAGGUUACUCAUAUCUGGUAACAGAUUGGUUGGGACAUGAAAAUGAAGAACGUCUCAGAUAUCCAAAACUUAUUGAAGGAUUGAAAAACAAAAAAGUUAAAGAUUUAGCUUUAGGAAGUUCUCAUACACUAGCUUUAACAGAAGAUCAUAUGGUUUAUGGUUGGGGUAAAAAUGAUUAUGAUCAAAUUGAUAAAUCACUAGGUAGUAUUGUUACCGAACCUACACUAUGUCCAGCAUUAUCUGGAAAAAUCGUAGUUGGUAUAGUUUGUGGACCUACACAAAGUUUUGCUUGGUGUAUUUCAGCAUUAUCUGUUGCAAGUAGAGUAGCCUUUGUUGUAGAAGUUUGUGAAGAAACUUUCAAAUUACUGGAUAUACUUUUAGCUAAAUCUUGCGAAGGAUUACCAGGUACACGACCACCUACUCAAGAUCGUGAAUGUUUAGCUGUAGCUACAUUGAAUUUAUUAAGAUUGCAACUUUAUGCAAUGAUAACACACAAAAUUGAUAACAAAUCUGUUGGUUUAUCCGGAUCCACCCUAUUAAAUUCUUUAAAACAACGAUGUGUUAAUCUUGCUAGUGGUUCUGGAAUUUUAGCUACUAUACAAAAAGCAGCUCAAGCAGUACUUCAGACUGGAUGGAGUAUUCUUUUACCAACUGCUAAUGAACGUGCAAAAACGCUAUCGAGUUUUCUUUCAAACUCAAGCACCUUAGAAGAGUCACAUACUAAUGAUGGUCACCUAUUUAUGGCUGAUUUAUUAAUAUCCAGUUUAAUGGCAGAUGGUGGACUAGAGUUAGCAUUAAAAGCCGCGAUUAAAGCAGAAAUCACAGAUUUGUCGGAUGGCCAAGAAUUUUUGAUGGGUUUAAAAAUCGUUAAAACCGGUGAAUCAAAACAAACUAAAGAAUUCGGCUCGGAGAAGUACAACGUGACAAUAUCACUAUUCCAGUUAAUAAAACAGUUGAUCAGAAAUAGCAGCUUUAUUACACUCUCUAAAUUUCAAAAUUUGCAACAUAUGAGUGGAAAUGAAGAGUUACGUAUUUUAGAUAGACCACCUAGUUUAAACCUUCUUCUUAGAUUUCAACGUUUACUCAUAGCACAAGCAUAUGAAUGUAUUAAUAAGUCAUCCACAGAAGAUUUACAAGAUCAAGAAAUGCUUGGAGUGGAAUCUCUAUUAAAAAAGUAUAUAUCUCAAAUCUGUGAUCAUGUAAUUGAAAUAUUACCAGUAGCAGCUGAAAUAGCUGGUAGCAGUAUUAAGCGAUUUGUCUUAGUUAUGUCUAUUUUGAAGAGUGAUAUAAUAAGUACAUUACUGCCUGAAUUAAUAACGUGUCUGAUACUUUUACAAGUAGAUUAUCCUAUGUUGCUUCUUAAUAUGAAUUGGAUGGAAACUUUAACCCCUGUUGUAGACACAUUAGAUCGAUUUAAUAAAUUGACACCAAUUAUGGAGAAAAACGAUGCUGACGACUUGUCUUGGCCUGGUAUUAUUGCUCCACAGCAUGGCUGCAAAACCCCGAUUCAAGAUGAAACUUCAUUAAUACGUUGGGCUGAUUUAGAGAAUCAUAAUCGUGAUGGUGGUUUAUGGGUUGUUAUAAAUAACAAUGUAUAUGAUGUUCAAGAUUUUAGAUACGAAGGAUCAUGUAAUUUUCAAACUUUGCAAAGAUUCGUUGGCCGUGAUGCUUCACCAUUGAUGCGUGGUAUGAUGGAUUCGUGCUACGUUGGUCAAUACUGUCAAUCUGAACCAGAAAAUACACAUAUUACCGUAGAAAUGACGGAUAUGAGUUCGAUUCUUCUUGAUGCAGAAAGAGCUGCCGGUUUUCUAUUAGGAUUACAUGCUUACAGAAUGCGACAAAGCUUAGCAUUACAACCUGCUGAAAAAGAAGCUGGUAUAUGGCUUAAUACAAAUUUCUUAAGAGGUGGAUUACAAAUAUUACAACCUCCUAAUCCUUAUGAAGAAGAAAAAAGUGAAGCAAGAAGUAAUAAUUCAACAGCAGCAAAUACACCGACAGAGCCACCAAUUUUAAUACAUACAAAAAAUGAGUCGCAAAAAAUGACUGUUGAUAGAGUUACUGCAUUUAUACAAGCAUUAGCAGAGACUCAUAAAACAGAUGCAACUGUUCAAGCAUUUUUAACUGUAAUUGAUAGAUAUUCCAAAAGCAAUAAUCUUCUAUCUCAUACUGAUUUUUGUGGUGAUCAUCCUGUAGAAGAAAUCGGCCGAUUACUUAUGGCAGUCAUUAUAAAACAUCUUGCUCUCGGUCACGAAGCAAUUACAUUGAUAGAUCAAGAAUUAACAAAUAGUGGCAAUACAGAAUUAUCAAAACCAUUGUCCGAUAUGGUACGAGCGAUUCAUCAGACAAAGUGGAACUUCAUAAGGAUAAGACAACAACAAAAUCGAAGCUAUAAAGAAGUUUGUGCACCUGCACAAGAAAGAUGCAGAUUUUUAUUAUAUGAAGUUAGACCUGCAACGAGUUUUGAAGUUAAAGGAUUACAAAAUUUACCACUGUUGCAUAUUUUACCCAGGUUUAAAAAAAUUGUACAAAUGGUGAUCGCUGAUAUUCGACGAAAUAAAGAUUCGGUUGGAAAACCUGAAGAUAUUGUAAAUGCAUCAAUACAAAAUGCAAAGUCAAAAAAUAAGCCUGACGAAGAUAUAACAGCAAAAGAAACGAUUACUUUGACAGCAUUAUCUCCAAAACGAGAAGAAGUAUUCAGUACAAAGAAUGGCAUAAUCAACGUAUUUGAGAAAUUAAAACAUAAGACUUUAACUUCUGAUUUGUCUAGUCUUAUGACAAAUAUUAUAAAUUUUGUAAUUACGGAAGAUGGAGGCGAUGUGGAAACCUUACGACGUGCAAUGUAUUGUCAAAUUCAACGUGCAAAAUUGCGAGAACAAGGUAUAAUUAUGAUGCAAGAGUUGGUAAAGAAAGAUCACUUAAUAACAUCAGUGAAAUAUUCUUUACUUAACGGUUGGCUCGGCCUUACAUAUGAGAAUCGAUUUCUUUACGACGGAAUUACUCAUUGUUUACAUAAUAUACAGCUUAUAACUCCAUAUCAAAAAUCAAAAAUAAUAUUAGCAGAAGCUGAAAUUACAUCCUGGGCUGUACAAACGUUACGUGCUUAUGUUGUUCAGGCAGAAUUGCCAAAUAAACCAACAGCUAGCGGUAAGAGUAGUUUCAAUCAAGGCACAUAUACAUGUUUAAGGAAAUUACCAAGGGCAAGAUUUUUAUUGACUAUUCUAGGCAUGCUAACUAAUUAUUUACAUGCUAAUGAAAUUGGAUUAUUGAUCAAUUCUGGUUUAUUAUCUAGCAUUUUAACAUUAAUGAGACAAAUUGGACCUUCACUUCAAACUGAUACCUUGAAACCUAAAGAGGCAAUGGCAAUAUAUGAAGAUGCUGUACAAAAAAGUAAACCUCCCAGUGUACAACUUAGUGGAAAGGAAUUAGCAGCAUUAAUGAAAAUCGGUACAAGAGUAGUUCGUGGAGUCGAUUGGAAGUGGGGAGAUCAAGAUGCACCACCACCUGGAGAGGGCAGGGUAAUAGGUGAACUUGGUGAGGAUGGAUGGGUUAGAAUACAGUGGGAUAAUGGUACAACGAACUCAUAUCGAAUGGGUAAAGAAGGUAAAUAUGACCUGAAAUUAGCCGAAGCAUUAACACCACCUGAGAGUGACAGUGACAAUGAUUCACCUGUAGACACGAAUAAGAUCGACAAAAGCAAUGUAAAAGAUAUUCAUCCAACGACAUGUUUAAAAGUUGCGUCAACAACGUUACUGCGCAUAAUGUUACUAUCGUGCGGCAUAGAAGGUAGCAAAGUACCUACUACUUCGAUAAAAAUAUUGGCCUCCGUUUUACGUGGUAUUACUUCGUCUGCGAAUAAACGCGAUGUUACAACGCAGACACAAUUAUCAAAAGAGCAUUAUGAGAAUUGGGCUACUCUCAGCAUCUUAAGAGCGAUUGCUAAAUCUCCAAAAUUGUGUAAAUCACUGAGUACUUUAGCAUGGGUGGAUUUUUUACUUAGUAUUAUUGCUAAUGAAAACAAUCCAAAUCUUGAGAAACAAAUCAUGGCAGCAAGAUUAUUAUCUGCAGUUUUACCAUCUUGGCCAACUGGUUUUGUAGAUAUGUUACCUUUCUUAGAGAAAGUAUUCAAAAUAUUGGGACAAAUAGCUCUUACGUGUAAUAGUGGGUCGAAUUCUGAACUUCAUUCCAAUAAAUGCCGUGUAUCUUUAACAGCAUCUCAUACUUCUACCAUCGCCGAAGAACUUAUUGCUUUAAUAAGAUCUUUACACUGUCUCUCAAAUUGGAAUUCAAGUGUGAAUAUGUUCUUAACAUCAAAGCUUUCUUUAGCUUCGGAUUUACUGUGUGACGGUCCUCUUUUUCAUAUACAAAUAAAUGAAAAUGGUGGUAGCAAUAGCGCUAACAUACAACAAACCGUUAUGGCAGCACUUAUCGUUGUUGGUGGAUUGGAUGAUAGACCAAGAAUUGGUGGUUUAGUAGAAGUCGAUGGACAAAUAGGUACUGUAUAUAAAUUUAUACAACAUACAAAAGUGCUCGUACAGAUGCAUACCUGCGGGACUCGAAAAAAAAUACCGUUUUUUGCAUUGAAAUAUAUUAAUGAGCCAUUUCAUUUAGAUAAGAUGAAUAUGUCGGAUUCAUUUUUAUCCACAUGGGCUAAUUUGUUUCUUGGCCAUUAUGGUCUAGAAACACGACCGGGUAGUAUACCCGUAAUCACUGGUGUAGUUAAUGCUUCUGUACUACGUACGCAACAACAACAAUUAGCAGCUUUAGCUGCUGGAAAGGCUAUGCUAGCUCAUCAAGCAAAAUUAAGAAAAGUUUUGAAAUCACAUAUCAAUAUUACUGACGAUGAUCGUUACAGUACUCUUCUUCAAGAUAUGUUAAUACGUGCUACGAAGCCUCAACCACUAAAACCAAUAUUCAAACGAAAAGAACUAGAAGAAGCUGCACUAGCUGUAUCUCAAUAUCUGACAUCGGAAUUAAUGCAUUCACCUAUUCAACGAACAAGCGUUACCUCAGAUCCUACCACUUCUACUUCUGAUUGUUCUUUAGCUUCUUUUACUUCGAGCCAAAAAAGACAUUGUAAGAGUAGUAAGCGAAAAAAUUUUCCACCUGUAAAUCCACUUGUCACACAGUUAGUGGAAAUGGGUUUUCACAAAAAAAGCGCUGAAUUUGCUAUUAGGAGUCUUAGUGCAACAGAAGGCAAUGUUACACCAGAAACUAUUGUAGCUUGGUUGUUAGAAAAUCCAGAUAUUGCUUUAAGUGAUACAGAGACAUUAUCAAGUUUCGAAGGAUUAUCGGAUUCUGAUGACUCUACAAGUGAAGAUGUGGAAGAUUCACCGUCGACGCAUGAAGUAACUUCAAUGGUAACACCAACAUAUAUGAAGCGGUCAGAUUUUCUUUGUGUCGACGAAUAUGCAAUAUAUAUUCGUGAUAACGUUGUACCAGGCAUGUUAGUGAGAUGUUGUAAGAGUUAUGAAGAAGUUGAAUAUGGGGAUGUUGGACAAGUUAUAAAAGUUGACCCAGAAGCCUUACAUGAUUUAAAUGUUCAAGUUGCUUGGCAACGCAAAGGUGGUACAUAUUGGGUUAGAUUCAUACAUAUUGAAUUACUUGGUCAUCCACCAUCUUUACCAGGUCCACCCGCAUUAAAAAUUGGAGACAAAGUUAGAGUGAAAGCAUCGGUAGCUGUACCUAAAUAUAAAUGGGGUUCGGUCAAUCAUCAAAGCAUAGGAAUAGUUACUGAUAUUACCUACAAUGGAAAAGAAGUUUCUGUAGACUUUCCUCAACAAAGUUGUUGGACUGGAUGGGCUGCAGAAAUGGAAAGAGUACCGUCUUGUCAUCAUUUGGUAUCUUGUAAUUCAUGUCAAUUGUCACCAAUCUCUGGUCCUAGAUUCAAAUGCAAAUACUGUGAUAAUUAUAAUUUAUGUGAAAAUUGUUUCUACACGAAACGCUCUCAUCGACAUGGUUUUAAUAGAAUUGCAGAGCCUGGGUCUGCAGCUGUUUACGCUGGAAAACCUGGUAGAUAUCACAGACAAGACCUUUUAGAAUCAUCUUUAAUUGAAGAUUGGUCGAAAUGUAUUAGAACGUUAAGCGUUUCCUCCAGAGAUAAGUACGCAUCACGUCUUGUUGAUGGAUCUGGAAGAUACUGGCAAAGUUGUGGAUCCCAAGGAAAACAUUGGAUACGUUUGGAAAUGAUGCCCGGAAUUCUUAUACAUUCUUUGAAAAUAACCGUAGAUCCGCAAGAUAGCAGUUAUGUGCCUUCAGUCAUAGCUGUUAAUGCAGGCGAUUCUUUCAGCUGUUUAGUGGAAUUGGCAACGAUUAGUGUUCGAUAUACUGACACUAUCGUGACCCUUUUGCAAGAUGUUAAAGAAUAUUAUCCAUGCAUUGAGAUCGCUAUAAAACAAUGUCGAAAUGAUGGCAUUGAUUGCAAGAUUCAUGGACUCCAUAUCAUAGGACGAAAAAAAAUCAAUGAAAAUCAGCAAUUAGCCACCUCAGUUUCAUUUCUUGCAUCAGAUUGGGAAGCUGCACAAAAGCAAAUUACAUCACAAUGCACUGGAGAAACAACACAACAAUCCGCUGUUUAUGUAUGGGGUUUAAAUGAUAAAGAUCAACUUGGUGGAUUAAAAGGAUCAAAAAUUAAAUUACCAAUAUAUAGUGAAGUUCUUUCGAAAUUAAAACCGAUUCAUAUUGCGGGUGGUAGUAAAACUCUUUUUAUUGUCAGUCAAGAAGGAAAAUUGUAUGCUUGUGGCGAAGGAACUAACGGUAGAUUAGGUCUUGGAGAUGACAGUAACGUAUGUGAACCAAAACUUAUACCAUUUCUCAGUCAAUACGUGAUAAAAAAGGUUGCUGUUCAUUCUGGAGGAAAACAUGCUCUAGCAUUGACUCAAGAUGGAAAAGUUUUUUCAUGGGGUGAAGGAGAAGAUGGAAAAUUAGGACAUGGAAACUGUGUAUCUUUGGAUAAACCAAGACUCAUUGAAACGCUUAAAUCAAAAAGAAUAAGAGAUAUAGCUUGUGGUUCUGGUCAUUCAGCUGCAAUUGCAAGUAAUGGAGAACUUUACACCUGGGGUUUAGGUGAAUAUGGAAGAUUGGGCCAUGGAGAUACAGCAACACAAUUAAAACCAAAAUUAGUAGAAGCUUUAAUAGGACAACGAAUAAUUCAAGUUGCUUGUGGAAGUAGAGAUGCCCAGACAAUGGCUCUAACAGCUGAUGGUACGGUUUAUUCCUGGGGCGACGGAGAUUUCGGUAAACUUGGUCGAGGAGGAAGUGAUGGUUGUCACACACCGUUAUUAAUAGAUCGAUUGAAUGGUUUGGGAGUAAUACAAGUUGAAUGUGGUGCUCAAUUUUCUUUAGCUUUAACAAAAUAUGGUGAAGUAUGGACAUGGGGAAAGGGAGAUUACUUUCGAUUAGGUCAUGGAAAUGAUCAUCAUGUCAGAAAACCAACUUUGGUUGAAGGACUUCGUGGUAAGAAAGUAAUUCACGUAGCUGUGGGUGCAUUGCACUGUUUAGCAGUAACUGAUACAGGUCAAGUGUAUGCUUGGGGAGAUAAUGAUCAUGGUCAGCAAGGAAAUGGUUCAACGAUUGUUAAUAGAAAGCCAUCUUUAGUAAAUGCAUUAGAAGACACAAGAGUAAAUAGAGUAUCCUGUGGUUCUAGUCAUAGUGUAGCUUGGGUAUUAACUGAUCAACCUAUAACAAGUAAUCAAGAACCAGUUACUUUUCCUACUGCUAAAGAUCCAUUGGGGCAAAUGUGCUUAGGAUUUAAUAAUACUAUGGAAUCAAAUACUACUACAAAUACCAAAGAUGCUAGACCAUCUCUUUCUAAUAUAAUUUUAUCAUUGGAAAGCAAUGUUGCAAAACAACAGGCGCUUCAACAUGUGAUAAAUGCUUUACAUAUAAUGCAAGCUCGAACAGUUAUAGUAAUGGCUUUACAAAGCCAUACAACAUUGGCAAAUUGUCCUAAAACACCCAUGUCAGAUACACCGCCGGAAGGAACAAUUACUAGUAGCGUCGGUCAUACAGUUUAUCAAAAUGUUGGAGACAUAGCACAAGGAGGUGGAGAAGCUCCUGCUAAUGCUGUGGAGGCUGCUAAUGUGGUGACAAGCCCAAGGACUUCUCCAGAUUUAGAUGAAUAUCCAUUAGCAAUGUUUCCUUCUAUGUCUAGUUCAGCAAGUUUAUCUUCACGAGCUUCUAAAAUGUCGACUAGUGCAAUGAGCGUCAUAGCAGCAACAUUAACGUCGAAUGCGCAAGUAGUAGGAGAAGGAGUUACCACAGAAUCUGGUUUAGAUGAAUUUACAUCAACGUUAACAGAAGAUGAUGCAAGAAUGUUAGUAGAUCUUUUAAAAUUGGCAGUUGCUAAUAGAGUUGAUAAAGGUGCAAAAGAAAUAAUAGCAUCAACUUUAAUAUCUCUUGGUAGAGUAAAUUCUACUAUUGGAAACAUGCUUUUAGAACUUUGUGUAACGGAAUUAGAAGAUACCACCGCCAAUUCUAAUUGUAUAAGUAAAGCACUUCAACCAGUAGUUCAAGAAACACCUCAUCCUUAUAUAAAUGAUACAACUCUAACCGGUCAUGUGAAGAUUCCUGGUGCAGAAGCUUUGCGAGUAGAAUUCGAUCGACAAUGUUCCACGGAGAGAAGGCAUGAUCCGCUUGCGAUUAUGGAUAGUAAUGGAAGAGUUGUUGCAAUUAGAUCUGGCAGAGAAUGGAGCGAAUGGGCAACUGAAAUCAGAAUACAGGGCGAUGAAUUAAAAUGGAGAUUCUCUACAGAUGUUUCUGUAAAUGGUUGGGGUUGGCGAUUUACAGUACAUCCUGUUGUGGCUACAUUAGCGGCACACGAAUUAGGUUCUGACAGAGCGGUUAUGUCACAACCAUCGAUUGCAUUAGCUGAGUGUCUUUUGGAUAAUAAUUUAAUUAGUUCUGAUAAAAACAUCGUUACACGAUUAGCGGCAACUUUAGCACAAUGCAGUCAGCUCAGUAUUUUAACUGCACAGCAAAGAAUGUGGGCACUUAAAAAAUUACAAGUAGUUUAUCUCAGUGGACCUGGUAUACGACCAGAAGUUGCAUUAUCGUCGUUAUUAGGUUCUUUACCUCAAGCAUUGUUGAGACAAUAUACAUACGAAGAUCCUGCUGUUAGAGGUGGAAAGCAAUUGAUGCAUAGCGAUUUCUUCAAAGUUCUUAUUGCACUUGCUUGUGAUUUAGAAUUGGAUAGCAUGCAAUGUUGUUCUGAGAUUCAUAAGUGGUCAUGGUUUCGAAGGUAUUGUCUUGCUGGUCGAGUUGCAAAAUCUUUAAUACAUCGCACUCCAUUACCAAAAGCAUUUUGCAUUGAAGUUACUAAACGAAUUAAUGAGAUGGCUAGAGAUGGAGAUUCAUGUUCUAAAGAUCACGAAAAUCACGAGCUUUUUAAGCAAGAACAUGAUGAACAAUUACUCCAAUGGUUAAAUCGCAGACCAGAAGAUUGGACAUUAUCAUGGGAUGGUUCUGGAGCAAUUUAUGGUUGGGGUCACAAUCAUAGAGGACAAUUAGGGGGCUUAGAAGGUGCAAAGAUAAAAUUGCCUACACCAUGUGAAAGUCUUUCUGCAUUGAGACCAGUACAACUAGCUGGAGGUGAACAAACAUUAUUUGCUGUUACUGCUGAUGGUAAAGUCUAUGCUACUGGCUAUGGUGCAGUAGGACGUCUUGGUAUAGGGGGAACAGAUUCUGUCAUUAUCCCAACACUUCUAGAAUCAAUUCAACAUAUAUUUAUUAAAAAAGUAGCCAUUAAUUCUGGUGGAAAACAUUGCCUUGCAUUAAGCUCUGAAGGUCAUGUAUACUCCUGGGGAGAAGGUGACGAUGGUAAAUUAGGCCAUGGUAAUAGAUUAUCGUACGAUCGACCGAAAUUAAUUGAAGAGCUUCUUGGAACAGAGAUUAUAGAUAUAGCUUGUGGUGGUCAUCAUAGUGCUGCUAUUACAAGUGCUGGUUGGUUAUAUACUUGGGGAAAAGGGCGAUAUGGACGUUUAGGUCAUGGUGAUAGCGAUGAUCAGUUGGUUCCUAAAGUUAUUGAAGCUUUGCAAGAUUGUAAAGUUAUAGAUGUAGCAUGUGGAAGUGGUGAUGCGCAAACACUUUGCGUUACAGACGAUGAUAAUGUUUGGAGUUGGGGUGAUGGAGAUUACGGAAAAUUAGGUAGAGGUGGAAGCGAUGGUUGUAAAGUUCCAAUGAAGAUAGAUUCAUUGGCAGGGCUUGGAGUGAUCAAAGUUGAAUGUGGUAGCCAAUUUUCAGUGGCAUUAACUAGAUCAGGUGCAGUGUAUACAUGGGGUAAAGGAGAUUAUCAUCGAUUAGGUCAUGGCACAGAUGAUCACGUACGAAGACCCCGAAAAGUAGCGGCACUUCAAGGAAAGAAAAUAAUUUCUAUAGCCACAGGUUCCUUACACUGUGUUGCGUGUUCUGACAAAGGUGAAGUUUUUACUUGGGGUGACAAUGAUGAAGGUCAACUGGGUGAUGGAACAACAAGCGCUCUUCAAAGACCUCGGCUAGUUCAUGCAUUACAGGGUAAAAAAAUAACGCGAGUUGCAUGUGGAAGUGCUCACACUCUCGCGUGGAGUACUACAAAGGCUACGCAGAGCAGAUUACCAGUAUCAACACCUAUGGAAUAUGAUUUAGUGAAAGAUUUUCAAUUUUCCGUGUUACAUAAUAGAUUAGUACUUUUACAUCAUUUUGCGGAAUUAUUGUGUCCAUCUUUAGCAAUGUUCCCUACUACUGGACAUAUUGGUCUCGACAGAUUAGCUCCAAUGCUAGUAUAUAGUAUUAAAGAAGCAACGUUCCGUAAAGUAGUUCAGGCUACUAUGGUAAGAGAUCGACAACAUGGGCCAGUAAUAGAACUAAACAGAAUACAAGUAAAAAGGGCACGAAGUAAAGGAGGCUUGGCUGGUCCAGAUGGUAUUAAAUCUGUCUUUGGACAAAUGGUUUCCAAAAUGUCUUUACUAACGCAAGAUGUACUCUUUUUACCACAUAGAGUAUGGAAAGUAAAAUUUGUCGGAGAGAGCGUAGAUGAUUGUGGUGGAGGCUAUAGCGAAAGUAUCGCCGAGAUGUGUGAUGAACUGCAAAAUGGUUCGUUGCCAUUGUUUAUACCCACGCCUAAUGGUCGAGGCGACAGUGGCACAAACAGAGACUGUUUUCUAUUGAAUCCUACAGCUAAUUCAACGUUACAUAUGAGCAUGUUUCAAUUCUUAGGUAUUUUAAUGGGUAUAGCAAUAAGGACGGGUAGUCCAUUGAGCUUAAAUUUGGCAGAACCUGUUUGGAAGCAACUUACUGGAGCAUCAUUGACACCAGCAGAUUUAACAGAAGUUGAUAGAGAUUAUGUUCCUGGAUUGUUAUGUAUACGGGAUAUGGAUCCUGAUGAAAAAGUCUUUCAAACUUUGGAAAUGCCAUUCUCAACACCAUCUGCUGUUGGACAUGAUAUACCAUUAUCAAAUAGAUACCUUAAGAUAACACCAGAAAAUCGACAUGAGUAUGUUAGAUUAGCACUCAAUUAUAGACUGCAUGAAUUUGAUCAACAAGUUGCUGCAGUACGUGAAGGUUUAUCAAAAGUUGUACCUGUCCCUUUAUUGACCUUAUUUAGUGGAGCUGAAUUAGAAACUAUGGUGUGUGGUAGUCCAGACAUACCACUUAGUUUAUUAAAAUCUGUUGCAACUUAUAAAGGCAUUGAAGCUACAGCACCUCUUAUUCAAUGGUUCUGGGAAGUUAUGGAGGAAUUUUCUAAUCAAGAAAGAUCUCUUUUUCUUCGCUUUGUCUGGGGUAGAACUCGUUUACCGCGAACAAUUGCUGACUUUAGAGGCAGAGACUUCGUUUUACAAGUGAUGGAUAGAUAUCAUCCACCAGAUCAUUUUCUUCCCGAGAGCUACACGUGUUUCUUCCUGUUGAAAAUGCCAAGGUAUUCGUGCAAGCCAGUAUUACGACAAAAAUUAAAAUAUGCUAUCCAUUUUUGUAAAAGUAUCGAUACAGAUGAGUAUGCUAGAGUACAAGCAGCAACAAACUCAGACACAGAAGAUACUGACAGUCUCGCCAGUGAAGAACACACUUCACUUUAAGAUAGUUAUUAUCAAUAUUUAUAUUUCUAACGAGUUUUUGUGGUACUCUUGAAAGUAUGCACGACUUUCAUGACAAAGUAUUUAUUUUUUGUAUUAAUACAUAAUGCCAUAUAAUUCACAAAAAUCAUUCACAAAAAGCUUUUAUAAUAAGAGUUAUACUUGAUAAUUAU